AUGGAGGGGGCCGGCGGAGAUCCCGACUCGGUUGCCGCGGGCUCAGAGGUCGCGUUGACGGGGAUCAUCGUCGCUGGUGGUGGCGAUGGGGGUGUGGCGUCGACCCCCGCGGGAGCAGGCCUGGUGGCCGCGCUGAUAUCCAACGUCCUCGAGCUCGACGUCGUCACGGGGACUGGGGAGGUGGUCACCUGCUCCAAGCACAAGGACGCCGACCUCUUCGACGCCGUGCUGGGAGGGCUGGGGCAGUUCGGGAUCAUAACGCGCGCGCGGAUCCCGCUGGCACCGGCGCCGGCCAGGGCGCGCUGGGUGCGGCUCCUCUACACCGGCGCCGCGGACCUUACGACCGACCAGGAGCGGCUCAUCGACGAGCGCGGCGGCGGCGCGCUGGCCGGGCUCAUGGACUACGUCGAGGGCUCCGUCCUCACCGACUUCCAGGGCCUCAUCGGCAGCUGGCGCUCUCAACCGCCGUCGUCCUUCUACUCGGCGGCCGACGCCAAGCGCAUCGCCGCGCUAGCCAAGGACGCCGGCGGCGUCCUGUACUGCCUCGAGGGCGCGCUGUACUACGGUGGCGCCGGCGACAGGACCGCCGCAGACGUUGACAAGCAAGCUAUAGCUAGACCGGCAUCAGCGCUCUGCCAACGACGGAUCGAUCUGUUUGCACCAACGACAGCAACAGCAGGGUGUGGAGGUGCUGGUGCGCGAGCUGCGGUACGCGCCGGGGUUCGCGUUCGCGCAGGACGUGUCGUACGUGCAGUUCCUGGACCGCGUGAGCGCCGGCGAGGGCAAGCUCCGCGGCGAGGGCCUCUGGGACGUGCCGCACCCGUGGCUCAACCUCUUCCUCCCGCGCUCCCGCAUCCUCGACUUCGCCGCGGGCGUCUUCCACGGCGUGCUGCUCCGCCGCGACGACGGCGGCGCCGGCGGCCCCGUGCUCGUCUACCCCAUGAACAGGGGCAGUGGGACGGCGCCACGUCGGCGGUGCUCCCUGACGACGAGGACGGGGUGUUCUACACGGUGGGGAUCCUCCGGUCGGCGGUGGCGGACGGCGACCUGCGGCGCAUGGAGGAGCAGAACGCGGAGGUGGCGCGCUUCUGCGAGGCCGCCGGCAUCCCGUGCACGCAGUACCUGCCCUACUACGCGACGCAGGCGGAGUGGGCGGCGCGCCACUUCGGGCCCCGCAGGUGGGACACCUUCCUCCGGCGAAAGAGGAAAUACGACCCCAUGGCGAUCCUGUCGCGCGGCCAGAGGAUUUUCUCGUACCCACUUGCCUGA